GGAGAAGUGACAUCACACAGAACUCGUCAACAAGAAGGCAUGCACAACUACAAGGAGAGUGGACGACAGAAGAAGCCGAAUUUCAUAGUCAUGAGCCACGACGAUCAUUUACGUAGGAAUGUGAACAAUCGCUAUUGCAGUGAGCGAGACCGGGGCGUUGUGUGGGACAGGCGUUUUAUGCCCAAUUCAAAUUCACAAGCUGAUCGUGAACCUCCAAAGACGCUAGAUGAAGCUCCUCAGCCUCACUUUUUCAGGAGCUUUCACAGAGAAAGAGGCAAUGACAACACCCGUGCGGAUGCUAGAGGUUUUUUCUCUUUGGGCGGCAGUAAGAGCCACAGC